GCUCGCCGCUACUAACUUCCCUCACCACGUGUUGUAGUAGUUCUUUCUCACUCACUGAGAGCGAAGAGGCCGAUUCAGCAGCAGAAAUACUUCUGUCUGUGUACAACACCUCUCAUAUUAGCUUGUAAAAUUUAUCAGAUUUUUCUCAUCAUCCAAGAUGUCCACUGAAACUGCUGAUGGAGAAGUAUUUGCCUUCCAGGCUGAAAUUGCUCAGUUGAUGAGCUUGAUCAUCAACACUUUCUAUUCCAACAAAGAAAUCUUUCUCAGGGAGUUGAUUUCCAACUCUUCUGAUGCUCUUGACAAGAUCAGAUACGAGUCUUUGACUGACCCUUCCAAACUAGACAGCGGCAAGGAAUUAUACAUCAAGAUCAUCCCCAACAAGGAAGCUAACACAUUGACCAUUAUUGACACCGGUAUCGGCAUGACCAAGGCUGAUAUGGUCAACAACCUGGGUACCAUUGCUAAGUCUGGUACUAAAGCUUUCAUGGAAGCUCUGCAGUCUGGUGCUGAUAUUUCUAUGAUUGGUCAGUUUGGUGUCGGUUUCUAUUCUGCUUACUUGGUUGCUGAUAAAGUGAUUGUUGAAUCUAAACAUAAUGAUGAUGACCAACACACCUGGGAGUCGUCCGCUGGUGGUACUUUCACCAUUAAGACCUCAACCAGUGAGCCACUUGGCCGUGGUACCAAGAUUACUCUGUACCUGAAGGAAGACCAGGCUGAAUACUUGGAAGAGAAACGUAUCAAAGAAGUGGUUAAGAAACACAGUCAGUUCAUUGGUUAUCCCAUCAAACUGCUUGUUGAGAAGGAACGUAGCAAGGAGGUGUCUGAUGACGAAGAGGAAAAGAAGGAAGACAAAGAAGAUAAAGAUGAAGAGGGUCAGGAAGAUAAGAUUAAGAUUGAAGAUGUAGAAGAGGAUGAAGAGACAUCAAAAGGCAAGAAAAAGAAGAGCAUCAAAGAAAAAUACUUUGAAGAUGAAGAAUUGAACAAAACUAAACCCAUCUGGAGUAGGAACCCUGAUGAUAUUAAAAAUGAAGAGUAUGGGGAAUUCUAUAAGUCGUUGACCAACGAUUGGGAAGAACAUCUUGCUGUUAAGCAUUUCUCUGUUGAGGGUCAACUGGAGUUCCGGGCUUUGCUUUUUGUCCCCAAAAGGGCUCCUUUCGAUAUGUUUGAGAAUAAGAAGAAAAAGAACAACAUUAAGUUGUAUGUACGCCGAGUAUUUAUCAUGGACAACUGUGAAGACUUGAUCCCAGAAUACUUGAACUUCAUCAAAGGUGUUGUGGAUUCUGAAGACUUGCCUCUGAACAUUUCUCGUGAGACUCUGCAACAGAGCAAGAUCUUGAAAGUGAUUAGGAAACAUUUAGUAAAGAAAUGUAUUGAGUUGUUUGACUCAGUUGGUGAGAACAAAGAUGAAUACAAGAAGUUUUAUGAACAAUUUUCUAAGAAUUUGAAGCUUGGUAUUCAUGAAGAUCACACAAAUAGGAAAAAAUUGGCUGAUUUCCUCCGUUAUCACACCUCCAGCUCUGGGGAUGAGAUGUCUUCUCUGAAAGAUUAUGUGUCCCGCAUGAAGGAGAAUCAAAAACACAUCUAUUACAUAACAGGUGAGACCAAGGAUGCUGUUAAGAACUCUGCCUUUGUUGAGAAAGUAAAGAAAUCUGGCUGUGAAGUGGUCUAUAUGGUUGACCCAAUUGAUGAAUAUGCUGCUCAACAGUUGAAGGAAUAUGAUGGCAAACAGCUGGUGUGUGUUACCAAAGAGGGUUUGGAACUUCCUGACGAUGAGGAGUCUAAAAAGAAGCUGGAGGAGGAUAAGACAGCAUACGAAGGCUUGUGUAAAGUCAUCAAAGACAUUCUGGACAAAAAGGUCGAGAAGGUUGUUGUAUCAAACAGAUUGGUGGACUCUCCCUGCUGUAUUGUCACUAGUCAGUAUGGUUGGUCAGCGAACAUGGAACGUAUCAUGAAAGCUCAAGCUUUGAGAGAUACUUCAACCAUGGGUUACAUGGCUGCUAAGAAACAUUUGGAAGUAAACCCUGAUCAUUCCAUCAUUAAGGCAUUGAAGAGCAAAAUAGAUGCUGAUAAAAAUGACAAAACUGUGAAAGACUUUGUAAUUUUAAUGUAUGAAACCUCCCUGCUGUCGUCAGGUUUUAAUCUAGAUAACCCACAAUCACAUGCCUGUCGUAUCCAUCGAAUGAUCAGGUUUGGUCUUGGUUUGGACGAAGAUGAAAUCUUGGAUGAGACUGCAUCUGCGGAGACUGCUGAUACCGAGAUGCCAGCAUUAGAGGGAGAUGAUGAUGACUUGUCUAAAAUGGAAGAAGUUGAUUAAAAUUUAGUUUUCCUAAACUCUCGUAUCUCAAUAUUUUGUGUAAAUUAUUUCACUAAUUACAUUAAAUGCAUUUAUGUAUUUAAACACCUUUUUUUUUUUUUUUUUUUUUUUCUGAACUGUUGUCAUGUUUUUGUCUUCUUCCUAUGUCGAAACAGUGCUUUUAGUGUAAGCUUCAUUAGAUUGUUAGGCAUAAAGACAUUUAAGAAAGUGUACCAAACUU